GAGAGCUUCAGACAGAAAGCUGACAGAGCUCAGAAGCUUCUCGUCUCCUCCUCUUUCUGAAAAUGAAAACCCUUGAAGACGAUAAACUUUGCUUUCCACAACUCCUCAACUCCUCCUGCAGGAAGACCAUGCGUCCUCACUUUGAAUCCAUGCUCACUUACAUUUCACUGUCCUCCAUCUCUGUGCUCACUGUGACUCUCAACCUGCUAGUCAUCAUCUCCAUCUCUCACUUCAAGCAGCUCCAGAUCCCCACCAACCUCCUCCUCCUCUCUCUGGCUGUCUCAGAUUUCUUCGUGGGCCUCCUCAUGUCCUUUCAAAUUGUGCUCACAGAUGGCUGCUGGUUCCUCGGUGACCUUAUGUGUAUUCUGUAUUAUGUUCUGGACUAUAUUAUUACCUCUGCCUCAAUUGGAACCAUGGUGCUUAUAUCUGUUGACCGUUAUAUUGCUAUUUGUGAUCCCCUACAUUAUCCCUCUAAAGUCACACAAAAAACAGUUCAGAUCUGUGUUUGUCUGUGUUGGAUAUGUUCUGCUUUCUGUCACAUUUUGAUGCUGAAGGAUAACCUUGAACAACCAGGCAGGUAUAAUUCCUGCUCUGGAGAGUGUGUUGUUGUCAUUAACUACAUUGUUGGAAUUUCAGAUCUUUUUUUGUCCUUUAUUGGUCCUGUCACUGUCAUCAUAGUUCUGUAUAUGAGAGUAUUUGUGGUGGCUGUGAAUCAGGCUCGUGCCAUGCGGUCUCAAAUUGCAGCUGUGACUCUUCGGUAUUCAGGGAGAGUAACUGCUAACAAAUCUGAAAUGAAAGCAGCCAGGACUCUUGGUGUUGUUAUUGUCGUGUUUCUAAUAUGCGUCUGCCCAUAUUUUGGUGUUGCACUUACAGGUCAGGACACCUUUCUCAAUGCUUCAUCUGCUGCCUUUGUAAUAUGUUUGUUCUAUUUCAACUCCUGUCUUAACCCUGUGAUUUAUGCCUUUUUUUACCCCUGGUUUCGAAAAUCUAUUAAGCUCAUUGUUACACUUAAGAUACUGCAGCCUGGCUCCUGUGACACCAACAUACUGUAGAGGGACGCUGCAUGUUGGCUGAA